AUGGACGGCGAGGGCACCCAGGGGGAACGGCUCCACUCGCAAGUGUUCUGCUGCUAUGCGCCCGACUUGAGGCCGCUGGCCAUCUUGCUCUCCACCGUCCAUUUCUCGGCCCGGGCGAUCAUCCAAAUCUCCCAUUCAGCAAUCCACGUCGAGGUCGAGAUCGGCAAGAUCCUGCAAGCGCACGCGUAUCUCGACAAGACGUCGUUCACGGAUUGGCACUUCAACCCGCCGGUGAUCCCGAACAGUCAGAAGGAGCGGGCGAAUGACUCGGAUGACGAAGAAGGGGGGUCGGAGGAUGAGGAGGGCGUGGCGGACGUCCGGUUCGAGGUCUCGAUGAGCUCGCUCAUCGAGUGUCUCAACGUCUUCGGCACCGCCACCUCCCAGAAAACCUACACCAAGCACUUCGUCGACAGUCCCGGGCCCGACGGUCUCCCCGCCAAAAGAAGGUUCGAUGACGACAGCCAUAAGGGUGGCAAGGCUAGGAAACUUCCGACUAGCGCCGUGAGGAUCUCUUAUGACGGCGAAGGACACCCUUUGGUUUUACUCAUAGAAGACAGUGGGGUGGUGACGAGAUGUUCCCUAAUGACUUACGAAGCUGACGAACUAGCCCAAAUAGACUUUCCUGUCGAGCGCCAAAUGGUCCAUCUCAUCAUGAAGAGCGAUUGGCUCAAAUCAGCAUUCUCACAGUUUGACGAGAAGAGUGGCACUGAGAUCACGUUUAUGUUCACGCCCUCCCCGACGACGGGCUCGCCCUCCUCCCCGGCGAACAUCCACAACAGACGGCGCGGUGUUGGGGAUCGGGGCCGGACAGACCCGAUGGCCCAUCGGCCGACGUUCCGGAUCGAGGUCGAUGGCGAGCUGGGCUGCUAUACAAUCGACUUCCCCAACGACAAAGACGUCUUGGAUAGCUUCAUGUGUAAGAUUCCUGAGGGCUUGGAUCCGGAGGACUUGCACCAUUUGGGCUUCGUUCGAAACUCAUAUAAGUUGUCGCAUAUUCUGAAAAUCAAAAAGGCUCUAGAUGUUUCAAGCAAAACCUCAAUGCGGGUUGAUGACACGGGGUUGCUGAGUCUCCAACUGCUGAUUCCUCUCGACGAAACUCUGACAAUGAAGCGGAAAUGCGGCUAUGUCGAGUUCAUGUGCGUUCCAAUGGAGGACGGAUAA